GCAUGGUAUGUGUGAAUUGAGCUCACUCUGAUGUGGCUGCAGUUCAUGGGUGGCUUGAAAGUUGAAGCUGAUGUGGGGUGAUGGAAGAAGAACUGAUCUGUCGGGGUUUCGAUUCAGUAGAAGUUUUGUUUGUAGAUGUGUUUGAGAAGAGCCGAUUGUCUGUUGGGGGAGAUGGAGAGAGGAUGUUACAGACUCCGCAGACUGGCAGCCUGAUGCUCAGCAGCCUCCUCACCACCAGACGCACCAUCUCAUCCAUGGCAGCACUACAGCAGCCCAGCCGACACCGAUUCCCCCCACCGAAUAACAUCCAACGACUACCACUCAGACCAGACGGUCAACAAGAGCCAAUCAAACUCACCGAGGCAAUCAAACAACAGUUCAAGCAAUCCAUCCCUCUACUUGCCGCACGAGUACCGUCACCCUCAAUCACCAAAUUCAAAACUAACCCAGAAAUCAGAAAAGCCCUACUGAACUCCAAAAACUUGAGAUCCGUCGAACCCGACCCGGACUCAACCGACAACGCCUUCAAACUAUUACUCCUCAAUACCCCCCACAAAGAUCAGAUUCCAGAAUCAACGCUCAAAGUCUUCCAAGAACAUGAUAUUCAAAUCAAGAAUACCAAGCUCGAUCUUGACUGGGAAUACUGGAUGGCAGAUGAAAUUAUCGAAAGACUUUUGCCCGAUCAGUUGACCGAUAUCCCAGCUUCAUUCACUAUGAUCGGCCACAUUGCUCACUUCAACCUAAGAGAUGAAUAUUUACCAUACAAGUAUCUGAUCGGCCAAGUGAUCCUAGAAAAAAAUUUAGCAAUCAAAACGGUUGUCAACAAGAUUGAUAAUAUCAAUUCUCAGUUCCGGUUCUUCGAGAUGGAGCUAUUGGCUGGAGAGCCUGAUUAUACGGUCACCCUGUGGCAGAGUGGGUGUCGGUAUCGGUUCGAUUUUUCGAAGGUAUAUUAUAACCCAAGGCUAUCGACGGAGCAUGAUCUACUCAGCUCGAUGAUCGAGAAGGAUGAAGUAGUUGUGGAUGCGUUUGCGGGAGUGGGCCCGUUUGCGAUGCGGGCGGCGGCGAACCGGAAGGCGUGGGUGUUGGCGAGUGACCUCAACCCGGCCUCGGUCGAGGCCCUGGAGACUAAUGUCAGGCUCAACAAGCUCCAAGGACGGGUCGCAGUAUCCGGAGGGGAUGGCAGAGAGAAGAUCAGGGAGGCCGUCCGGACCCUGUGGCUUGAUAAACCCUUCAAGACUCCCAAUUCCUCUCCGCUCUUGCCCGAUCACUUCAUCAUCAACCUGCCUGACUCUUCCAUUCAGUUCCUCGACGCCUUCAGAGAUCUCUAUCAUCCUCUGAGUGACUCGGAAGGCUUCCUGAAUGCCGUUAAGAAGAAAUCUAGAUUGCCAUUACUGCAUUGUUACUGCUUCACCAAACAAGUAGACGAACCUGAAAGUGAUAUCUGUCAAAGGGUGAGUGAAGUGAUGAAAGUUGAGAUCAGUCCAUCUACCGUCGCUCGGUUCGAGCUCAAAUUUGUCCGGGCAGUCGCGCCGCAUAAAGAUAUGUACCGGAUCACGUUCGAGCUGCCCUUGAAGCUCUUGUUCUCUUCUUCUUCAGAGGAAUCGCGUGCUUGAUCCCACCUCCUCUUUCGAUUCUCUGCUGGUUUACAUGCCCCCCCCCUCCGGCCGUUAUGUUUGCAUACAUACUGUGGAAAGAAACCAAAAAUACCAAUUAUAAAGACCAUCAAUUCACCAGAUUGUUUGUAAUUUUAAAUGAGGGUCUUCAUCGGGUUCUCUCUCUCUCUCUUGGAAGGAAAAUGCAUUGGAGGUGAAAAGAAUCUCAAGUCAACCUAUGAACAAAUAAC